AUCACUACCGGCUUCCGGGAACAUUUUCCGUCCGUCCGGCUCUGCGGACUCAAGGAGAGAAAGGACAAAACGUUCCUCGGGUCAUAAAUAUUUGUACACAGGUCCACAUCUGCCUCCCCAUGCAGAACUCCAUGAAAUGAAUAAAGCACCACAGCCUAUAACAGGACCCCCCUCCACCCCCCACCCUGCCCCCUCCCCUGGCCUUUCACAGCCCUCAUUCCCCCCUGGGCAGCCCCCUUCUGUUGUGUUUGCCACCCCACCGCCUCCACAAAUGAACCCAACACCGCAGUCCCGACAGUUUGCCCCAGGGCCCCGGCCUAUACACCAACAGGGAAGCUUCAGGUCGCUACAGCCCUUUUACACCAACAGGGCCACCCUGCCUCCCAACAGUGGGCCUCGGGGCGUCCCUCCCAGCAGUGGCCCUCGGCCUGUGACGCCCACCCAUGUCUACCAGGCGGGCCCUGGCUCACAAAUGAUGAUGAUCCCUGGACAACAGUUGCCCUUCCCCAGCUCACCACAGGGACCUGCCUACUUUAUACCGGGACAGUACCGGUCAGCAACCUAUGUGGCCACACCCCAGCAAUACCCAGUCCCAGCAGGCACCCCAGGCUACUACCCAGGCACCAGCCCCGCUGAAUAUGGUACUUACGGGGCCUACUACCCCGCCCAGCCUCAGUACACCCCCCCAGUGCAGCCGGCACCCGUCAUUAUGAACCCUGCCCCUCAACAGCAGCAACCACCACCUCAGCCUCCCCAACACAUCCCCACCAAAAGGGAACGUAAACAGAUCAGAAUAAGAGACCCUAACCAAGGAGGUCGAGACAUUACAGAGGAGAUUAUGUCAGGGGGCCGAAGCGGCUCUACCCCAACCCCACCACAGUCAGCUGUAUCUGGAUCAGAAAGUACAGCAGUGGCCCAGGCCAACGGUGAGAGCGUCACAGCUGCUGCUACACCGGCAGUGGUUCGACCAGAUGAUAGAGGCAAACCUACGCCCCCGCCUCUGUCAAAGACCCCUGAACUUGCUAAGAGUGACCCCAUCCACACUGAGGCUACCUCCUCUGACACGAACACUAAGCCCCCAUCGCCCCCUCUACUAUCAGAAGCAGAGGACACACCUCUCGACACUAUUUCCACACUUGCACCAAGCCCUCCUGUUGCAGAUGUGAUGGAUGCUCCCCCACUUCCCAAGGAACCCACCCCACCGCCUAAAUCUGCGCCUGAGGUGCCCGCCUACCCCGCACCGCUCCCUGACCCUGUCCCCUCCUCUGCUGCAAAAGACAAAACGGACAAGAAAGCCACAGAGUCAAAGGAGGGGGAGGCUAAAGUAGAAGACGCAGCUGCCUUUUCGGACACACCCCUCGCACCUCCCUCCACCACUAACGGUGUCGCAGAGGUGGAGCCAGAAAGGCUGUCAGUCGUGUUGCCACACAGUCACCUGGAUGCCCCUCUGGAGUCUCCCAUUGCACAGCCCGAGGAGCUCCGCCUCCCCAAUGGCCUGCCACUGCCGGCCCCACAAGACCCUGAGGUGCCUGCCAUCAGUACAGCCGAGCGUGACGACAGCCCCAUCGCUGAACCUGACAUUAGCCAGCAGUCUGUCGUACAGACCUCUGCAGCCAUCAGUCAGGCAGUGCCCACACCCGUUGUCCAAGCCACGCCCACACCCGUUGUCCAAGCCACGCCCGCACCCGUUGUCCAAGCAAUGCCUGCACCCGUUGUCCAAGCCACGCCCGCACCCGUUGUCCAAGCCACGCCCGCACCCGUUGUCCAAGCCACGCCCGCACCCGUUGUCCAAGCCACGCCCGCACCCGUUGUCCAAGCAACGCCCGCACCCGUUGUCCAAGCAACGCCCGCACCCGUUGUCCAAGCCACGCCCGCACCCGUCGUCCAAGCCACGCCCGCACCCGUCGUCCAGGCAACACCCGCACCCGUCGUCCAAGCAACACCUGCACCCACUGACCAGCCUGCACCCACUGACCAGCCUGCACCCACUGUCCAGGAGAUUCCUGCUGCUCCAGUCACCCAGGCAGCACCCACACAACCUGAGGUGCAAGACGCGAUUCCUCCUGUCACCCUGGAUGCCGAGGAAGAUAUCCCAGUGCCCCAGUCCAGCGCCAAGGAAGAGAAGCCAUCUCCCGCAGAGAUGGUUUCAAUAGCUGACAGCGACCCAGAAACAGUGCCGACUCCUCCCCCUCCCACAGCAGAGGAAAGGGAGGACACUCCUCCUCCCCAGACAGUCACACCUGUCCUUGUUGAAACGACUAUGCAACCUGCUACGUUUGUGCAAAAGAAAAAGAGGAAGAUGAAGGAACUGAACAAAAAGCAGACAGUGGGAGACCUCCUUGAUGCCUUUAAAGAGGAGCAGGUCGUGGCCACACCAGAGCCCGAGCCAGCCCCUGCCCCAGCACCAGAGACCCAGCCCCCUGCUGCUUCCCCUCCUGCCUCAGAGGAGGCGGACCUGACCUGGGAGGACAAGGAGGACAAGGAGGACAAGCUGGAUGCUGAGAACAUUCAGCCAGAUUCGCCGACCGACAAGAAGUACCAGUACAAAGAGGAACAAUGGAAGCCAAUCAACCCAGAGGAGAAGAAGCAGUAUGACAGAGAGUUUCUUCUGGGCUUCCAGUUCAUCUCAGCCAGCAUGAACAAGCCUGAGGGUCUACCAGCCAUCAGUGAUGUUGUCCUAGACAAGGCUAAUAAGACACCUUUGCGUCAACUGGACCCCAGUCGUCUACCAGGAAUGAACUGUGGCCCCGACUUUACACCCUCCUUUGCCAACCUCGGCAGGCCCGGCAUGGGAGGAGGAGGAGGAGGAGGAGGAGGAGGAGGAGGAGGAGGAGGAGGAAGCAGAGGACCACCUCCUGGUAUGGGCAUCGGAGUUGGUGGGCCACGUCGCUCUCAGCAGAUCCAGAGGAAAGACCUAAGGAAAAUCCUCACCACCGUGUCACUCAGUGAAGACGUGCAGCUGAAUAAGGCAGAAAAGGCGUGGAAACCUUCAACAAAAAAAGCUGUUCGCAGCCGCAGUGGAGAGGAAGCUGAGGAGAACGAUCCGGAGCAAAUAAAGACACAGGAGCUGUUUAAACGGGUUCGCAGCAUCCUGAACAAACUGACCCCCCAAAAGUUUCAACAGCUAAUGAAACAGGUGACGGAACUGACUAUUGACACUGAGGAGAGAUUGAAAGGAGUCAUAGAUCUUACCUUCGAAAAGGCCAUUUCCGAGCCAGACUUUUCGGUGGCCUAUGCCAACAUGUGCCGCUGCCUUAUGGGGCUUAAAGUCCAAACCACAGAUAAGCCGGGAGUCACUGUGAAUUUCCGCAAGCUGCUGCUAAAUCGAUGCCAGAAGGAGUUUGAAAAGGAUAAAGAUGAUGACGAGAUAUUUGAGAAGAAGCAGAAAGAGCUGGAAGCUGCCUCGGAGGAGGUGAAGCAGCGGCUCAUUGAUGAGCUACAAGACUGUAAAGACAAAGCCAGGAGGCGCUCACUGGGCAACAUCAAGUUCAUCGGUGAGCUGUUCAAACUUAAAAUGCUCACAGAGGUCAUCAUGCAUGACUGCAUUGUAAAGCUGCUCAAAAACCAUGACGAGGAGUCCCUGGAGUGCCUGUGCAGACUGUUGUCCACCAUCGGGAAGGACCUAGACUUUGAGAAGGCCAAGCCUCGUAUGGACCAGUACUUCAAUCAGAUGGAGAAAAUCAUAAAGGAGAAGAAGACGAGCUCCAGGAUCCGCUUCAUGUUGCAGGAUGUGCUGGACCUUCGACGGAACAACUGGGUUCCCCGGCGAGGCGACCAGGGUCCCAAGACCAUCGACCAAAUCCACAAAGAGGCUGAGCUUGAGGAGCACAGGGAGCAUAUGAAGGUGCAGCAAGCCCUUGUCUCCAAGAAGGAGUCGGGUGGCGGCCAGGGAGGCAGGAUGGGCGGAGGAGGUCAGGGCGGUCGCGGGGGCCCUCACACCCCAGGCCGUGGUGCUCCUCCCCAGGAUGAGGGGUGGAAUACAGUGCCCAUUUCCAAGAACCGACCUAUUGACACCUCUCGCCUUAGCAAAAUCACUAAGACUCCUGUUCUUGACUUCAACAAUCAGUUGCUUGCCCCAGGAGGCAAAGGUACAUGGGGGAGCUGGGGAAAGGGAAGCAGCGGUGGCACCAGCGCCAAACCUGCAGAUUCUGGCUCAGAGUCAGGCGGCCGUCCAGCUACCAGCACUCUGAACAGGUUCUCAGCCUUACAGCAGCCUUCGUCCUCCUCAGGCCCUUCACUUGACUCAGACAGAAGAGUCCCUCAGAGAAACAGCUCAAGUCGAGAGCGCGGUGAUAACUUCGACCGGUCUAAUCGCGGCAGCGACCGGUUUGACAGACGGGAUGAGCGACGGGACGACCGUGAUCGAAACCGGCUGCAGGUCACCAAGCGCAGCUUCAGUCGAGAGAAUGAAGAACGGUGCCGGGAGAGAGAGCAGCGUGGGUCAGCCGACCCUGUCCGCCGAGUAGCGAGCAUGACGGACGAUAGAGAUAGAGGCAGCAGAGAGAGAGCCAGGAGCAAAGAGAAUGCCAAGCGGGAGACGGCUGCCACCCCACCACCUCCCCAGACCCCCACCAAGCCUGCCUUGACCGAGGAAGAACUGAACAAGAAGUCUACAGCCAUCAUCGAAGAGUACCUCCAUAUCAAUGACAUGAAGGAGGCUCUGCAGUGUGUGCAGGAGAUGAACAGCACUCAGCUCCUGUUUGUGUUUGUGCGAAACGGGCUGGAGUCAACGCUGGAGCGCAGCACCAUCGCCAGGGAGCACAUGGGCCAGCUGCUGCAUCAGCUCAUUAAAACAGGCAUUCUCCCAACACAGCAGUACUAUAAAGGGCUUCAGGACAUCCUGGAGGUUGCUGAAGAUAUGGCAAUAGACAUCCCCCACAUGUGGCUGUACCUGGCAGAACUGAUCACUCCCAUGCUCCACGAGGGAGGGAUCCCCAUGGGAGAACUUUUCAGGGAGAUUUCAAAGCCUUUGAUCCCUCUGGGCAUAGCCGGAGUCCUGCUGGUCCAGAUCCUCACUUUACUCUGCAAAGGAAUGAGCCAGAAAAAGGCAGGCACAAUGUGGAGGGAGGCUGACCUCCAGUGGAAAGACUUCCUCCCUGAGGAUGAAGACGUCAACAAGUUUGUGACAGAAAAGGAUGUGGAGUUCACGCUGGGGGAUGAGUCCGAGAAGAGCAAAAAGGAGCUGAGCUCUGCAGAGCUGACCAAACAGGUGGACAAACUGAUCAAUGAGAAGGCCGACAACGAGAGGAUCUUUGACUGGAUUGAGGCCAACCUAGAUGAACAGCAGACCUCCUCCAACACGUUUGUCCGAGCUCUGAUGACCUCCAUCUGCCAGUCAGCAGUCAUCUAUGAGAACCCCUACAAGGUGGACGGUGAGAAGAUCAAACAGAGGGCCAAGCUGCUGCAGAAAUACCUGAAGGACGAACAGAAGGAGCUGCAGGCUCUGUACGCCCUGCAGGCCCUGAUGGUGCAGAUGGAGCAGCCUGCCAAUCUUCUGCGGAUGUUCUUUGACACUCUUUACGACGAGGACGUGAUCAAAGAGGAGGCCUUCUACAAGUGGGAGUCUAGCAAAGACCCCGCCGAGCAGCAGGGCAAGGGCGUGGCCCUCAAGUCCGUCACCGCCUUCUUCACCUGGCUCCGCGAGGCCGAGGACGAGUCUGACAACAGCUAGGGACCCCCGCUGGGAGGAACUGGUGGGAGUUCAGAGAGGAUCCUUGGGGAGAGCGAAUGUUCUGUGGAUGAUUCAGAGAACUCUGAAUCAACAAAAUCCUUCUGCAUAAACAGAAAAAAAAAAAACAAGAAAAAAAUUCUUCAACUGGGAGAGAUUGUAUUAUGGAUCGAACGUUCGAUCGUGUUAUUUUUUUUUUGUUUCCUUUUUUUGGGUUUCUUGUUUUUCCUUGAGCAACCGAAUGUCUUUUUUGAAGUAAAUGAAAAUACAGGAUUAAAUAGAGAGAAUAGAUAUGAGAGAGAGAAUGCUGAGAAGCGUUAAAGCCGUGGGAGAUAAUGUUUCCUUCAGUAUUUUUUUUAGGUUUAUCUCCUGUUUUCAAUGGCUUUUCCGCGCCACAGCAACACUAUUCAAGACACUUUGCUUAAUGACAGAUAUAUAAGAGAACUUUAAAAGGCUGUUCACAUCUAUAUUUUUGAUGACUUCAUCCUUUGUCAUGUGGACACGACACAGACACGUUGUCAUGUCACAUGUAUGGUGUUCGAUCUACAUGACACGCUUGUGUAGACGGCUAGCUAUGUUUCUCUUUCUUUUCCCGUGUUGGAUGAUUGGAGUGUGUUUUGUAAGAAAAUAGAAAACUACAAAGAAAAGUGGCGAGAGCGGACAUUUCAGAUAGGAGUUAGUGUAACGGAUGUGGACUCCCGAGGAUUUCACGCAGACUUUAUGAGGACGGUGUCACUAUGGGGAGGGGGCGAUGAACAUUGACCAUUUUUGCUGCUCGGGAGUGACGAUUGCGGCCCCCGACGCCCCUCAAACCCAAGCCCAAACCCCAGUAUACCCUCCGACGUGUCUGUUUCACAUGUUUCCUGCGCUUCAAAAAACAAACUGUGGACUGAGAAAGGGAGAGCAAGAGCGAGGGCUCACGGCUGCACCUUCCUACGAAGCCCAUUGUCGGAUUUUAAAAAGAUAAAAUAUCGUUAUUGAAACUUGAAGAGAAAAGUAUACAGUCAAAAAUCCACUUAAAUGAAAAACUUUAAAAAUAGUUUAACAGUACGAAUCCUAAGGCCUUUUCUGCUUCCAUGAGUUGAAAUGCAUUUCAGGAGAGUUCUGUAAAUAUAUGAUGGAUUGUGAAUUUUUUUGUUUUGUUUUGUUUUUUUCAAAGAAAAAAUGCUCUUUUCCCUGUAUUUAUAUAUUUCUCUCCUCAGCUGGCAGAAGGUGCUUGUAAUUAUCCAACCCAAGUCAUUGAUUACAAGUUAAUUGAAAAUUUGUAAAUAUUUUUUGCUUUACUUUAUUAAAAAGAUAUUUAAUUAAAGAAAAUUAAUGCCUCUUUUCACAUCCAAAACUGGAAGAGAUAAUAAAGAUCGUUGCCAAUAAAAGAAAAA